AUGCUUCGACGGGUUCCAGCUCCAGCUAUCCGUGACCCACAAGGCUCAAAUGUUAGAAUAGUGAUCUUGAAGAAAAUUAGCGAGAGAAAUGAAGAAGGAUUGAAGGCCGCCAUUUCAGCCUCUGCUCUUUUUCACUAUCGGCAAGCUGCAAAAUCUCAACAGAUCGAGACCGUAGCUCACCUGGUGCGAGGGAGAAAUACGUUUUUACUGGCCGGGACCGGAUUUGGCAAAUCUAGAAUCCCAGAGAUCUACCACAGACUACUCCCGAAAAGAUCGAAUGGAGUUAUACUAGUUUUGAACCCCCUCGAUGCGUUGGGUGACAAUCAGGUGCUUGAAAAAGUGAAGGCCGGCUUCACUGCAAUUAACUUGACACAACUGACUUUUAACGAGGAGGAGGCCAACAAAAUCGUCGAAGGAGUCUAUAACUUUGUUUACCUCAGUCCCGAAAUAUUCAUGAAUAGUAAGCUUUGGGAUCAGGUUUAUUACUGUCCAAAUUUCCAAAAACGCUUGUCGCUUGUUGUUGUGGACGAGGCGCACAUUAUCUACCAGUGGGGUCUCAUGGAAAGUAACGGUUCAAAGAACAAAAAAACCCUAAUUGGAAAACUCGAGGACAUCGGCAUUUUUCGGCCUUCAUACGGAAAACUUGGCGGGCGCUUGCUGACUCGAAACAACAAACCUAUACUAUUGAUGUCGGCGACGUGUAGGCCGAUUGCGAUCGAAGAGAUCAAGAAGAGUUUGAAAAUGGCAGACCACAAUGUCUCGAUUGUGAGAGCUGAACUCACUCGGCCCGAAUUGCACAUCAUCCGUCUACAAACUUCAAAAUCGUUGGCUACGUGUAGUGAUUUGAUCGAUCUCUUUCCUUGCCAAUCAGAUGUGCCCGAUGCUUCUGUUGUACCUACCUUGAUAUAUACUGGUACCCGAAACCGGACAAUGGAGGUUAUGAAAGCUCUAGAUGUAGCACGGGGUACUCCUGGGCGAUCGAUGAGACCAAAUUCGAAUUUUGUGCGUCGAUUCCAUGCUUGCACUGGCGAAAAAGACAAAGUGAAAGUUGUUCAAGACUAUGCCGAUGGAGUCUUUCCGGCGAUCUCUUGCACAAUGGCGUUGGGGAUGGGCCAAAAUUGGUCUCGUGUGCGACGUGUUAUCCAAAUGGGCCGCGCAGAUCCCUCUUCUAUUUGCCAAAUGAUAGGACGAUGCGGUCGUGAUGGUCGUGCAGGUCUGGCUAUAAUAUUGGUGGAAAAGACACGGAAAGGAGGCAAGAACUGCGUGGAUGACUUUGAUCAAAGCAAGAAGCAGGGUCACAACGAUCGGAUGGAUGCGUUGGCUAUCACACUGGUCUGCUUACGGAUUGCAUUUUCGAUUGACAACAUGCUUGGGUACAUACCUUUAUCAGUUGAGGACCCUUCUUACAUUGCAGAACAGGCACGCGAAAAGGCUGCUGGAUUUGACAUUUGUCACUGCUCGAACUGCAUGCCCAACAGGGCUGAGGGGCUCAUUCGAAAUAUCAAGAUGAUGAAUGUUGCUAAUAUGGAUGAAUUUCUUCUGAAAGAUUGGCCGGUUGAGUCCAUUGGAAGACCAAAAACAACAAAAAGGAAGAAUGCAGGAGGUGAUGCAAACAGAACCCAAAAAAAACUCAAGCUCAGCAAGCCUCUGCAGGACCUUUUGUCAUUGCAACUUACGACCGACUUUGCUUCACUAUUCGAUCACAUUUACACAAAACCGAUGCUUUUCACGGCCAGCGAUUUGUUUGGGGAGAAAGAGAUUCAAGCGAUUAUCAAAGACUUUGGGAAGUUGGAUGGAAUUUCAUCUAUUCGGAAGGUUAUUGGAGGGCAGAUGAUCCCAGGCCAACUCGAAGUGCUACACAAUAGCAUUCUGUCGUUCACUCAAGGGGCAUUCUUGGAUGAAGAAAACUCUAUACAAGAUCGAGCAAAUCGCCUCAAGGAACUGGAAGAACAGAAGGAACAGGAACGGGCGGAAGCACAGGCCCAGGAGGCGGAAAGGAAGCGGGAGGCGGCUAAAGUAGCAAAAGCAAUCGAGGAUCGCAUUGCUGAAGUUGAGGCGGAAAAACAGGCGGCUCGAAAACAGGUUGAGGACGUAUGGAAGGCUGAACAGGCCCUUCACAUGGUCAAGCUGAUCCGGUUGGCUGGUGAGAAGGCGGAGAGGGAAGGGUUGAAGAGUAUUCACAGGGGUCGCUAUAUUGGUGGAUCAGCCUGA